AAACCACGCCAAGAUGUCGUCUGACUUGUGCUGGCAGGUCAUCAGGAACAACCACUCACACCUGCUCAAGAAGAGGAACGUCAACAAGCCGUUCUCCAAGGUGAGGCGCUGGGGUGGCUGCCCUGGUGGGGGUUGGCAGGCUCUUGCUAUACCAGGGCACCCGUAUGUAUUACCAUGUCUGUGUUUGUCUCCUCAGAACAAGCCAGUGAAGAAUCUUGUCAAGACCACAGUGAAGGCCGGGCCACGCCGCGCCCUCAACUCCAUCCGCAGGUUCAUCCGUCACAACAGCUACAGGAAGGAUCUUAAAAUGGCUGCCUGCGUCGUGCCUCCGCCAUCCUGAGGUCUCAGCGUGCUCAGCCUUUCAAGAAGUCUCGCCGCAGGUCAUACAAGCCUGUCAAGAAAGAGUAAAUGUUCGUAAAUAAAGGAGUAUUGCUGUGA